GCGGAGGCGGAGGUGGUGCCAUUCGCGGCCGCCAGUCGACCGGAGCGCGCGCCGCGCCGCUGCCCGCCGCCAGGAGGCGCCCUCGACGCCUCGCGCCGCCCCGACUUGCGUCAGCCGCCCGACCUCUCCGGCCACUCCAUCGUCUUCGCCAUGUUCUCCCUCAACGAGGCCGAGGAGACUGCUUGCCUGCGGGGGGACUAUGACUGGACGAACGACCCGAGCCCGCGGAUGGCGGCGCUGGUGGCGCGGCACGUGGGCGCGCGGCCGCUGUGCUUCUCGGCGCGCGGCGCGCUCACCGGCACGCGCCUGCCCAGCGGCGAGUACGUGGGGCUGGUGGGCGCGGUGCACAGUGGCAAGGCCGACCUGCUCUUCUUCGACACCUACACCGACGCCCAGUGGUACCGCGACUCCGCCGUCUUCUACCCGCACGUCUUCGAGCACUACUGCAUGUACGUGCGCAAGUCGCGGGCGGUGCCGUUCCUGGAGCGUGCGCGCGGGGCGUUCUCGGGCGACGUGUGGGCGGCGGCGGGCGCGGCGCUGGCGGCGCUGUGGGCGGCGCGGCUGGCGGCGGGCGAGCGGCCCGCGCCCGCGCUCUUCAGGACGUACGCAGCGUUCCUGACGGGCGCCUUCGCCCUCGGCCGCCCGCGUCGCCGCUCGCGCCUGCGCAGGGCGCUCAGCUGGGCUACCGCCCUCUACGGCUGCCUCUUGCUCAGCGUGUUCCAGAGCUCCUUCACCAGCUACCUGGCCGCGCCGGAGUACGAGCCCAACCUGGCAACCCUGAGCGCUGUGGCGGCGCACGUGAGCGACGUGUUCGUGUACGAAGGGCUGAGUCGGCGCCUGCAGGACGAUCGAAGCGCCGUCAUCCGGCGCCUCGCCCGCAAAUUCCGCCCCACUCUGCAGCAGGACGCUUGGCUGGCGGCGGUCGAGGGCAUCGUGCGCGGCGGCGGCCGGGCCGCGCUACCGCUUUUGCGCAACCACUUGAAUGUGCGCCAGUGCAGGUACUCGGCGGGCGGCUACUCCCCGCUGCACCGCGUGGCCGAGUGCGUCUUCACGACGAGCUUCACGCACUACGUGGGGCAGCGCCACUCGCCGUACGCCUCGCGCCUCGACGCCUUGGUGCAGCGCGCUCUGCAGAUGCGCGCGCGCUUCGGCCUGGUGCGCCUGCUGCCGGGCGCCCGCCCGCUGCGGCCCUACCCGCUGCGCCGCGCGCACCUGCGCGUCGCCUUCCGCCUGCUGGGCGCCGGGUGGGCGGCCGCCGCCGCCGCCGCGCUCGCCGAGGCGCUGUGCGCCCGGCACGUUGCACGCUCUCAUACACACACGCACGGACGCAAAGUGGGUGGUGAGUGA